AUGUCCAACGUGGGAGAAGGGGCCUCGGACCCCACCUUUGACCACUGGACCCCUCCUCUUCUGGGAGGAGGCCCCAAAGUCUGGCCGGGAUUUCCUCUCAUCUUUGCCCGCACCCCACCCCCUAGGGGACGGAGCUCCCGGUUGCAGCGCCUUUCGUCCCCACACCUCCUGCCCCUCUCUCCAGGCUCCGGCUGCCCCCUCCUCAACCUGCAAGACACCUCCCCAAGGGGGCGUCGGCAGCAGAUGUCUGGCCCUCUGCACACGCAGUGCAUCAAGGUCCCUUGCUCCCUCGGGCCACCGCCCACCCUACUGCCGCGCAGCCCCCAGCCGAACCCCGCAGCCCCUGUCCCACCGCGCUCCACUUGCCUGGGGCCUCCAGGCGCGCCACCCCUGCGGGCUCCCAGCCUCCUGCCCAGGCACCGAGCGCGGGACGACGUGCGGGCGGCCACCGUCACUGCCCCACCAGGACUGGACUCCUCCUUUCCCGUCUUUUCAAAAGGAACUCCGCCCGGACUCCUCCCUGGCCCGCCCGCCCGCCGGCCCGCGUGCUCCCCGGAGUCCCCCCGGGGCUGGGGGUGGGGAGGCCGCUCCUCCGACGGCCUGUCCCCAUCUGUCACUGGGGGAGGGGCACAGAGCCUCGCCCUUCGCGUCCCGCGGAGAGCCUCGCUCAUCCAGAAAAAGAAACCGCGCAUCCCCUAG